GCCUGUUCUUCCCUCUGAAACCUGUUUCAUUGGACAUGUGAAACAGUUGGUGUCCUAUCAGCUGUUGAGUGGAGGAACUGAGGAAGACGUUCGCACCAAACAUUUAAGUGGAUCGAUCGACCUGUCUGAAAAUCAUCAUCAUCAUUAUCAUCAUGGGGUUGACCUCCAACGCAUCCGCGCCUAAAAUGAAGCAGCCUCAGGAGUUCUCACUCUUGCCCAAGAUCGUGAAUGGCGGGAUUGCCGGAAUCAUCGGGGUCACGUGUGUCUUUCCACUGGAUUUAGUGAAGACGCGGCUUCAGAAUCAGACGGUGGGACCUGAUGGCCAGAAAGCCUAUAGUUCGAUGUUGGAUUGCUUUCGGAAGACCUACAGGGCUGAAGGUUAUUUGGGCAUGUAUCGUGGAUCCGCCGUCAAUAUUUUGCUCAUCACGCCAGAAAAGGCCAUCAAAUUGGCCGCCAAUGAUUUCUUCCGCCAUAAGCUGACCACCAGCGAUGGUCGAUUACCCAUUCAAAGGGAGAUGUUGGCGGGUGGAUCGGCGGGUUUGUGCCAAAUCGUGGUCACCACCCCCAUGGAGUUGUUGAAAAUCCAGCUUCAGGAUUCCGGCCGUACCUCCGGAGGCAACAAGAACGCUCCCAAGAUCUCGGCCUUGUCCAUCACCAAGGACCUGUUGAAGACCAAAGGCAUUUUGGGCCUGUACAAGGGCACCGGAGCCACCAUGCUCCGGGAUGUGAGUUUCUCCAUGUGCUACUUCCCCCUGUUUGCCAAUUUGAAUCGCCUAGGGCCGAAGAAAGAGCCCGGAUCCAACGAAUCCGUGUUCUGGUGGUCGUUCAUCUCGGGUUGUGCGGCCGGAUCGUUCUCGGCAUUCUUUGUGAAUCCGGCGGAUGUGGUCAAGACCCGAUUACAGUUGUUGAACCGAGGGGCCAGUGAAGAGACCUAUUCUGGGAUUCUCGAUGCCUACCGGAAGAUCUGGACGAAGGAAGGCCCGACUGCAUUUUAUAAAGGCGCUCUCUGUCGGAUGAUUGUGAUUGCGCCGCUCUUUGGCAUUGCUCAGAUGGUGUAUUACUUUGGGAUCGCUGAAGCUCUCAUGGGCAUUGAUAAGACCCCGUCGACCAUGUUGGCCGCCAAGACGAGUGAGAACAAGUAGUGCGGGUGAAACUACAGUGCCACUGAAUUCAGGAACUGAAAUCAUAGUUUUGAUGCUAUGUCGUAGUAUAGUAUUUUCAUAGGUGAUGCGACUUACAGAUUAUUUUAGUGAACAAGAAGUUUAUGAUUCACCCAUCAGUUUAUGGGGACAUGUCGAUUCCCUAGAAACGCGCUUUCAAAUGAAUUUUAUUGGUUACGAAACUGAUCAAUCCACGGGCCCCGAUAGUGAGAAAGAUACCCGUGGUUUGGUAUGACAAAACUCUCACGUGUAUUAUGUUCCUUCAAUAAGAGCAAUUUGUGACGCCUUCUCUGAGAUUUGGGGAAGAAUUCCAUGAAUGAAGCAAACAACGGGCAAGCUGUAAUGCUACGUAAGAAGAGCUCCGAACUACUUUUGUCUGUGACUUGGCUUGUGGAAAUAGAUCAAGCCUAAAGUUAAUCGUGUUCAAACUUUCACCAAGGCUUAUAUUGUUACUUGUCACCUCUCAACAACUGAUGUCCCAUAUUGCGGCCGAUUACUUAAAUCGAUUAUGAUAAACAAAUAGUUUCAGAUGA